UUACACAAUGACAUGACAUGACAGAUGCAAAAACCGAAGCAGAAGCAGCUGAAAAUUCUACGUUUGGGAACAAGGGAAAGAAAAAAUCGAAAAAAUAAUUUCGUCGAAAAAGAAAAUUUUUCAUAUAUAAUUUUUGUCCAAAAUAAAUCGACCACAAAACAAAAAAAUAAAAAGUGUGUAAGAAGAAAGAAAGAAAAAGAAAAAACCCCAAGACAAAAACACCACAACCUACCCGCACAGUUUGAUCCAAACGACCGACGACGACGACAUACAAAACCUAUUAUAAAUGAUGGCUACACCACAGAGCCCAACUCGAAUGUUCAACGGUCUUAGCGAGGACGAUGCCCUCUAUUCCGAUGCCAAGUAUGCCCACGAAAUCAACGACAAGAUGCGUGUUCCCAAACGCAUUCGAGCUACCGGCGAAUUCUCUGACGAGGAUUUACUCCUCUCAAAUCAAAACGGAAUGAUGAAUUCAUGGAAUUAUCACGACAAAAUCGAUAUGAAUGUCCCCGACAGAAUUGUCGUUUUGGGACAUGAAGAACAUUUGGGCACACGAUCGGCUCCACGAGAGAUUUUACUUGAGAAUUCAAUUUUACCAAAAGAUCCAGGUUUUAUUAGGGUUGCCACACCUCCACGAGUAAUCACUCUCAACGACCAUCACUUCCCAUCUGCGUCCGAUCAGAAUUCGCCCAAUAACAAUGGCAACUAUCAAAAUGACUCAGAAUCCCCGCCUCCUUAUAUUCGAGCAGAUGCUUCCGCUGCCACAAUGGGCUUUCAUCCGAAUCGCACAAGUUCCCGAGCCGAAUCCGACUCGGAAGCGGUGACUACAUCGACUUCGGGUGUUGGCAAGCGUGCUAUUGGCCAAUAUAAUAAUAAUGACAUGUCUCUGGUUAAUCAUAGAGAAGGAACACCAAUUAUGGGUGAUUUGACACCACCCGAAGAGAUUCUGUACUUGCGUCGGCAAUUGGCCAAGUUAAAUCGACGGGUUUUGUCGAUAGAAAUUGAUAAUGUGCAAAGAUCUCAGAGGGAAAAGAUUGUCUAUUGCAUGGGUUUGGCUUAUUUCCUUUUAAAGGCUAUUUUUUGGUUGAAUCGUAACUAAAAGAUGGGAGAAGGUUUUCUUAUCUCCAUGUUCACCCACACUAUCCACUUAAAAAAAAAAAAAGAGAAGUAAAAUUGUUAUUAGCAUUUAGAAAAAAGAAACCCACUUAAAACAUAGGAGAAACCAAACUGAGAUGAUCGUUUGCGAUAAAGUAAAAUGAUCGAGGACGAGCAUCGGACGAACGAAGCCAUCAUCUCAGGAAGAAGACAUCGUCAUUUUUUCGGUUCAUCCUUUCCAUAUACAAAUUUUUGUUGUUUUUCCUUUUUUUUUAGAAUGAAAAUGUUGUAAAACUCUACUCACUUUUAGCCAGUAAGAUGAUUGUACUACUACGCGAGACGGACAAAGAUUGGCUAAAAAUGGCUAAAAAAUAUAAAAAAAAUAUUGUUGUUAAAGAAAAAACUUAUUAACUUAGAUAUAAAUCAACAUAAUUAAGUUUUUGUUUUUUUUUUUUAAAUUCUUUUUUAUGUUGUUUUAUGUUUUUUUUUAAGAAAAGAAAAAAGUUGUUUCUUUUUUUUUCUUUUUAAAAACAGAAAACUAGUUGUGGCGCCAAACAUGUGUCGUAUUAAAUUAACAUUUAACACAUUUUUAAAAAAAUACAAAUUUUCCUAAGAAAAUAAAAAAAUUUAUUAUUAUUAUAGAAUAUUAAUAGCGGAAAUAAUAAUAAUAUAAAAAUAAAGUCUUGAAUUUUAGUCACAAUAAAAUGAUAUUACUUAAUAA